AUGCUGUCCACGCUGUUCCGCGGCAAGGAGCUGUUCAAGUCAGCCAACCGGGACGAGGCAGUCACCUACGGUGCGCCGUGCAGGGCGCCACCCUGGAUGGCAUCAGCAACGACGCCACCAACUGCUGCUGGUCGAUGUCACCCCGCUGUCACAGGGUAUUGA